GGUGUAGUUACUGUCAGUCGAUAAGUUUUUUCGCUUGCCCACAAACCUGGCUGAUUUAAAUACCAGGGAUCCGCCUACGGAUGGAAGGGAAAUUAUUUAUGGGUGAUGUCGGACUGCGAGUUGCUAAAAGUCUGCGGGGCGAGUGGGAAGCUUGUGACCGAGAGAGGAAAUAAUAGCAGCCGGAGACUCGCUGCAGUUGAUUUGAACCGAUCUAAGCCGUCCCGACCUGUCUCCGGCCGCCAGUCUCCCCUCUCGCCUUCGUGUGGCCAUACUCACUGUUAACAUCGGCCAUGUCCACGAAAUUAGUCUCCUGUUUCUACGACAUUGGAGAAGUUUUUUGCAAGAACAAGAUGAUGAGCUACAACAACAACAUCAACACUGGCGGCACCGGUCUGCCCCUGCUGGACAGGAAGGCGGUCGGGACGCCCACACUGGUCGAAUACCAGCGGCGGCAUUCGGUCACCUUCGGCAACACUAACUCCAAGUUCACCCAGAACCAGCUACUCAACAGCCUGAAGCUGGAGCAGGCGGCCGGCACCAACAAGGAGAACCGCUUCCGCGACCGCUCGUUGUCCGAGACGGGCCUGCAGAAGCCCCAGGGCCAGGUGAACUCCAGCCGCUACAAGACGGAGCUGUGCCGCCCCUUCGAGGAGAACGGCUCGUGCAAGUACGGUGACAAGUGCCAGUUUGCCCACGGUGCCCACGAGCUGCGCAGCCUGGCCCGCCACCCCAAGUACAAGACGGAGCUGUGCCGCACUUUUCACACCAUCGGCUUCUGCCCCUACGGACCCCGCUGCCACUUCAUCCACAACGCCGAGGAACGCCGCCUGUCCGCCCACGACCCCCACCACCUCCCGCUCUCCCCCUGCAACAAGGUGGAGCGGCCCUGCCUGCAGCACAGCUACAGCUUCUCCGGCUUCUCCAGUCCCUCCAACGGACUGCUGGACAGCCCCACCUCCAUCACCCCACCGCCCAUCUUCACCGCCGAAGACCUCAGCUCCUCGCCCACCCUGCCCAGCUGCGCCAGCAAUCCCUUCACCUACUCCAGCCAGGAGCUGGCCAGCCUCUUUGCCCCCAGCAUGGGCAUGCAGGUGCCCGCGGCGCCCGCCGGCUGUGGCGCCCACUCGCCCACCACCUUCCUGCUCCGGCCACUGGCCGAGUCUCCCCGACUCUUCGAGCCGUCGCCCAGCCCCCCGGACUCGCUGUCCGACGACUGCCUCAGCAGCUGCGGCAGUGCCAGCGGCUCCGAGUCACCCACCCUCGACUUCAACAAACGCCUCCCCAUCUUCAGCAGACUCUCCAUCUCAGAUGAUUAGCCUGGCCUUCCUCUCCCCCCCCCCGACCCCCAGAAGCGGGGAGGGACUGUCAGCCGGGACAAAACGUAGCCCUAACCCCCGUAACCAUUUAAGAUGGACCUUUCCUCCUCCUCCUCCUCCAUGUACCAUUUAGCCAGCUUUUGACCCGCUGGCCAGGUUAGACAACUGACCACGUUAAUGUACCAUGUCCACUGAUGGCCUACAAUGCAACUGUGGAGUUUUCACUGUGAUCAGCAGGGGUACUGCACAAAUAAUCAGCUCUUUUUUUUUGUGUGUGAUAAGAUUCAAAUCAAUUUCUGGAAAUAGUCGAUCCCCUCCCACCCUCAACACCAUCUGGGCCGUCCGACAGUACCCCUCGUCAAACCCCGUCGGAUUGUCCCAGUUGAGUUGAGGCCCUUUGUUGCGAGAUUUUGGCUUCACAAACAGCUACCUAUCUACCAGACUGCUAAACGUUUGUACAUUGUUGAAGAUGAUUUGAUUUUAAAAGAGAACUGCAUGGCGUGAUUACGUGCCAUUUCCUGAAACCGAUUAUUCGACCAGCAGCAUCUGGAUUUGAUGGCCCUCAGCGGUAACCUUCUGCAGCCUUCCCUCUGUGUUGCUGCAUCUACCUGUUGUCAGUAGUAACCCCUCUCCCCCCCCACCUCCCCAUCCAAAGUGCCUUUGCACAGUGUAGGUUGAAUUAUCCGGCAGGAAUGGGGGAAUGUCUGUGAACCUACUGUCCUCUCGACUUUGGGACUGGGAAAUGAAGCGGGCAUCAGGAGACUUCUUCCCAAGCAUUCUUUGUAGACGUUCCUUGUACCCUGACUGGUUACCUGGUUCCUCGCCUGCAUCUCAAGUCCUGUAACAGUGGCCCGUGGAUUGGAACAUGGACGGUGCUGAUUGCUUCCAUUACCGGCGGCUGGGAUUGUUGGCAUUACCUCGCUGGGGGACUGACGAUCGCUGGCGACUUGUGUUUAAACGUGGCCCUGUUACGAUUCUGGCCGGCUUGCCUUUGAACUAUUCAGCACCUGUUGGACAAAGCGACUGUAGGAAUUAGCCUUUUUUUUUAGGGGGUGGGGACAGGGAAAAUGUAUUUGCAGGGGGUAAAACAAAAAUAGAGUUGGAAUUCCAGCUUCGAAAUGGGUGGGAAGGGGAGGGUGAGAGAUACAGUUUAACCAGCUAGUCUUCAGCCUUUGACUUGUGCCAAGUUAAUUCAUUUUAUUUCCUUUUUUCCCUUUUUUUUAAAAAAGUUCUGCAGAACAAAGGAUUUAAAGAUAUCGCUUGUCACUGCAUUCACUUACACAUACACUCAAAAAAAUGCUUAUUUAACUUAUCAAAAAACAUAUUUAUUGCAAAACAUAUGCAUUUUUGUUUGUAUUUAUCACAAUGACGAACGAUAGAAAUAUAUUUUUCUUUUAUGUUUAAAUUAUGAUCUUAUUAAUCUUAAAAUUGUGAGGUUUUUCCUUUUCUUAUUUUCGUUUUCACAGUUUAAUAUAUUAUACUACAAUGACGAGGGUUUUUGUAACUUUACUCUUCAGUUAUUUUAUUUAAUAAAAAAAAAGUAAUUUAAAAACACAAAAACAUUUGAAUUUAUUUAUUUUUUAGUUUCCCCCCCCUCCCGGCCCCCCUUCCUUUUUUAAAACAAAAUAGUUUUUCUCAUGUAUUUUUAUGUUGGCCUUGUGCUUUACUGCCUUUAAUCUCUUGUUGCCAACCACGGCCUUGUAUUUUAGGCUUUUGGGUCAACUUCCAUAACGCAAGAGACUUACGAAAGUGCAGGCUCAGUACUGUGACACAAAAGUGCCUGUUGAACGCAUUCCAAGCAUGGUGUAUGCCUUCUGUAUAAUUAAUACUUAUUGAUAGGUCCUGCCCUCUUUCAGAGAGAAACAGGCAGGACUUGGCACAAAGAGAAGUUGAAUGUAUUUUCCUCAUUGUUCACUACAUUCGUUUUAUUUUUAAAUGUCUGUUUAUACAGAAUGCUUUUGUAAUGACUGGUUCUGAUGUAAACCAAUAAACCCCGAUGUGUUUUUUCCAAAA